AUGCCUGAUGACCCUAAUAACCCAUUCACAAACUCUGCAGAACUGGCCCGACAGCAUUAUUCACAUCCAAGAUCAACAUCAGGGCCGGACCGCAGCGUCAUAUCUUCGACUGAACGACGCGCGUACGAGAGAUUCAGAGAUCAGAACCCGUUUCUCGAUUUGGACGACUUGAACAAGCUAUGGGAUGAGGAAAUGAGAAGGCACGGCGACGUUGCCACAGGACGGAGCUCCUUCGGCAUGGGAUUUUCAGAUCAACAGUUCGCGAUGCUGGAGGAUGAGGACACAAGGGAUUUCAACGUCGUGCAAGGCGAUCUUACAAACCCUUUCGACAUCGGACCUGCGAAAAUUAUGGAACGGCCGCAGCAUAUCGAUGACAUUACAAUUACAUCGCAGCGUGGACUUGCAGAGAAUCAAUAUGCUUUAGGACAAGUUCAGGAUCAGUCACAGUAUGUACGGACACAUGGCAUGGAUGAUCAGGACGGUUAUUUGAGCUCGUCGAUCGAUCAAGCGUCAUUAUCAUUGAUGGCAGAGCAAAAUCGUAUCAGUUUAGCGUUAUCUAUGUCGCAACAAGUCAACAUGGAUGACGGCUGGGAGGACAUUCCAGAUGAUGAGAAUGCAGAAAAUGAAGAUCAAGGCGACCUUGAGCGGCAGCAACAGUUGCAGGAGGAGAAUGCUCAUGCUGAGGUUCUCGAAUUAGAUUUGACAAGGGAGGACCGAAUACGCACGGACGAGUCUAUGGAGGAAGGGAUCCAAGCCCCUGAGGAGAUAGAGGGGAAUGAGGUCUCCAUGGAAGCAGGAGAAGCAGAGGAGAAUGAGAACGCUGACGACCUGACUUUGGCAGACGAGGGUUUAAGCACGUACGGCCCAGCUCUGGCAGAGACGAGUAUGAACGUAGACGUCCUGAAUUUGUUAGACGAGGACCUCAACCCAGAUGACCUGGCUCUAGCAGAGACCGACGUGAAUGCAGACGGCCUGAAUUUGCUGGACGAGGAAUCCAACGCAGAUGAUAUGGCUAUGGCAGGAGAGCGCAUGGACGAGGAUGACGAUGCCUUGGCAGAGGAGGGGCCAAACGCAGAUGACCAAACAUCGCCAGAGGAGAUUAUGGACGAAGAGGGCCAAUUAAUAACGGAGAAUGGCCGAAAUGCAGGCGAAAAUAUAACCAGUGCAGACGGUGAGAUUGCUAUCGAGGAUCCAAAUGGGCGGGAUACAGUCUGGGUUGAUGAGGGCCAGCCAGAGUACGAAGACGGAUACAUGAACGUGAACGAUGAGGAACACAUCGAGCAGCUGGAACACGAGAGGCAACAGGGUCAGUCCAGCGUGCAGUACUUUGACGACUUCCCGAGCGAGCUAGGGAUUAUGUCGAACGGAAGCGUGCUCCCGACAAGCGCCCCAGCUCCCAAAAGGGUUCAAAGGUUGUCUAAGGUGGGUGUUCCAGUACCCUCCCUCCCUGCCACUCUCCAAAAAAACCUCAUCCAUACAUUUUCGAGAUCGAGAAUAUCGCGUGAAGCUAUGGAGGUCAUCCAGGAAGGCUCGCACCAAUUCUUGGAGCAGGUGGCGGGCGAUCUAGCCGCCUAUGCAGCGCAUGCUGGCAGAAGGACGAUCGACGGUUCUGAUGUCGAGUGCUUAAUGCAAAGGUUAAGGAUCACGAAUAACAAGGUGUCGAUUGAGUCGCUACUGCAGCGCUAUCUCCCGCGCGAGCUCCGCGACAAAGUCCUUUACCCCGAAGACCUACAGCGAUUCCGCAGGCAAUGA